AUGGACCAAUUUGAGACCAUCGAAGGCAAGAUUCUAUACAUUACCUACUAUUUAUAUAAACAAAAUCGCAUUUGUAUAGAGUAGAAGAAUGAAAUAAAAGGUUGAUAAUAUUCAACAAUUAUUAGACCUGUUGAUUAGUAGAAAUCAUCGUAUUGAAAAAUUAAUUUAAGAACUAAGAGGAGGAUUAAGUGUGACCCAUAUCGAAAAUACCCUUGAAACAAUUAAUGUAAGAUGCUUUUAUUUUAUAAUCUAUAUUAGGAUUUAAGUCCAAGAGACUUGGAUGACAGUCUUAGUAUCACAUAUAAAAAUAAAAGACCAUUAAGAUUUAACUUCCUAAAAUCAAAUUUCCCUAGAAAUUUAAAUAAUAAAGAAAUUAGAGCAAAUGAAGAUACUGAUUCAUUGUCUCGAAAUUCAAAUUAUCACUUUGAAUUUGAUACAAGGAGACGAGUAUACUCCUAGGCUGCUGAUUCAUGUUGAUUGAGG